AUGCCGAGUGCCAUCACAGAGUGGCCUGCCUGGAUCGAGCACACCAAGGCCGAUCCGAAGCAUGCACAGGAUCCGGUGUACCUGUCGGCCAAGCGGGCCGUUUUGGCAGAGUACGGCGCCGAGGCGCUUCAGAAGAGCUGGCUGGCCGUGUGCGCACAGCUCGAGGCCGUAACCGCGGACAUUGCCGUCCGCGGCUCGUCAGCAAUUCCCGUGCACGAGGCUGCCGACGUCGUCGGUCCUGACGGUCUCUCGGCGGCUGCACAGGCCGAGAUUAAGAAGCGCGGCUGCGUGGUGAUCCGCCAGGUUCUGCCGCGUUCUGAGGCCGAGCAGCUCUACGCCGACCUGCAGACAUACGUGGCCGAUAACCGGGACGUCAUCCGUGGCUGGCCGGCUGACUCGCCCUCGAUGCUGAUCCUCUACGACUCGCCGACCCAAAACGCCAUCCGUGGCCACCCGAACCAGCUGCAAGUCCAGCGCCAGCUCAACGGCUUCUGGCACGACGACAACAACACCGAAGCCGACCCCACGUCGUCUGAGCCGCUCAUCUUCUUUGACGGCGUCCGCGACCGGCCAUCGCGCCAGGAGUUUAUCGGUCUCGGCCCCCAUAUCGACGCCGGCAGCCUCAGCCGCUGGGCUGACCCGGCCUACCGCCACUCCUACGCCAACGUCUUCAACGGCUCGCCUGAGCGCCACGACUGCUAUGACCUAGGCGUCCGCAAGCAGGCCCAACAGGCCCUGUUUCCCGCCACUGCCCACUCCACCGUCUUCCGCUCCUUCCAGGGAUGGACUGCUCUUACGCCCACAGGCCCGCGCGCAGGAACGAUGCUGCUCUACCCCGACGUCCAGUCUGCUAUCGCCUAUGUCCUGCUGCGGCCCUUCUUCCGCCCUCCAGCCGAUCCCAGCCAGAUCAUGGACGCGUCCAAGUGGACCAUCGUCGACCCCACCGACCAGGAUGGUUGGUUCCCUGGCACUAACAAGAACAACAGCCAGAUGCUCAGCCGUUCCAGCCAUCCCCAUCUCCGUCUCGAGGACUGUCUCGUCCACGUGCCGGCCCUCCAACCCGGCGAUACAGUUUGGUGGCACACGGAUGUUUGCCACGCUGUUGAGCCUGAGCACAUUGGACCCACCAACGCCUCCGUCGUGUACGUGCCCGCCUGCCCGACCACGGCCAUCAAUAAAGCGUACGUCAAGCGGCAGCUGGCAGCUACAACAAACGGUCAAGUCCCUCCCGAUUAUAUGCGUGGCAACGACCUCGACGAGACAAAGUUGAAAGGCUACGUUGGUCACGGUGGCCUUAGUGAGGAGGCCAAGGCAGCAUUUGGUUACUACCUGUAG